AUGCAGAUAAAUUAUUUUUCUAUGUGUAGAGUCGGCUUUGAGCUGUUUGUGCUCAAAUUUGUGUCGAUGUGGUUUUUAAGGCUAUACCAGUUUAAGUACAUUUUCAAGCAAUUGUUUUUUGCGUUGUUAAACUUCGCAAUAUUUGCAGGGUUUAAAAUUAAAGAAUUGAAGGUUACACAACUAUCUUUACUACCGUAUGUUCAAUGUUUACUCCUUCCUCUCACCCUAUCUUCAAUUGACAAUUUCAUGCUACAAAAUUUUUUACCGCUUAUUUUAAUUUCAACAUUUCAUUGUUUCUGGAUUCGGCUGAAUAUUUCAAACCUGAAUUCUCCCAUUUUUAUCGUUUUAUCUUUAUUCACAGUCCUGAGGCUAUUCAUUUCAAUCCCAAAUUUCGGACUGUUUUUCCUCAUUUUAACUCAAUGUGUAACAUAUCUAAUCAUUCAACUCACCCAGAAAAGGUAUAUCUUCUCUUUGUAUGUAUUGUUUUCCCAAGCCAUUGUAUUUUUAACCUCAAUUGUCUUUACUAAAUUCAAUUCAAUCCUCGAUUUCAACAAGUUUCACGUCUUCACCAGAAACGUGGUAUUCAGAAAUAACAUCGAAGCACUUUUCAUCAAUCUUUUUUAUCAUAUUGUGAUAUUUCUAUUAAGUAUAUUUGUGAUAUUAUAUCUACUGUCGAUGGAACAGGGGGAUAAAUUUAGAAUAAUGAAUACCUCCUUUUGUUCUCUAGUGUUUUUACAUUCUGUAUUCAAAUUGCUCCAUUUUCUCAUUAUGUAUAAAGAUAAUGGGUUGACGAAUUUUAAUGUAUUGUUAUCGUAUAUCUUGGAGUAUAACUCCAUAAUUUUUAUACUCUUUUGUAUUCUUACAACCGUGAUAAUAUUCAUGGCAAUCGGUCUUAAUUUAAAGUAUUCAAACGAUGUUUACAGAUCAAAGCCUAAAAUCAGAAAAUGGCUUCAUCUUUUAAUUGUACUAUUUUGUUAUUACUCCUUUUUUCUACACCUGGAGAUUUUAUUGGCAUUAAUAUUUGCCAUACUCAUAGUUCUUUUUGUGUUUAUAGAACUACUGAGAAUUAAUAAUCUACUAUUUGAUCCCAUCGCAGAAUUCUUCACAAACAUAUAUAAAUCUCUCGGACAUGAUGAUGAGGUACACAAGUUUGAAGUUUCGACAAUAACAAUGUUAUCUGGAAUACUGAUUCCUAUAUUAUUUGAACUCAAAAGUGAUAAAUUUGAUUGGGCCAGAGCUUCUCUAGGCAUAGCCACAAUAGGCAUUGGAGACUCUAUGGCAUCGGUGGUGGGUUCUAAGUAUGAGGGUAAUCGGUAUAAUAACAAGUCGUUACAAGGACUUGUGUCAUUCUUCCUCUCAUGUUUUUUUUCCUUAGUUUUAACAUCUUUCAUCCAACACGGAUUCCUGGAUAAUUUUAAAAAAUUGUUUUAUGUUUCGCUAUUCUCUUCUGUCUUUGAGGUACUUUAUUACACAUUCAAUUAUUUACGUAACUGGGGCUAUAAUGUGGUUUUAGUAUUUGUCGAUAGAAGAGGAUAA